AUGUUGAUAAAGUGCAAGACCAAGAGCCCUAGGGUGAAGGGUAUCACCUUCCACCCUAGCCUACAUUUCCUCCUGGCAUCGAUGCACUCGGGUGAAAUCCAGCUCUGGAACUACCUGAACUCGUCACUGGUCGACGUUUUCGAGUACCAUGAGGGGCCGGUGCGCGGUAUCGACUUCCACCCGCUGCAGCCGCUGUUUGCCAGUGGUGGAGACGAUACGAAUGUCGUCGUGUGGGACUUCAAACAGAAGAAAAUGCUCUUUGCGAUGUCAGGGCACAAUGAUUACGUCAGAACAGUGCAGUUCCACCCAAACUAUCCGUGGAUUGUAUCGUCAUCAGAUGACCAAACUGUUAGGAUUUGGAACUGGCAGGGCAGGAGCUGCAUCAGCGUUCUGCAAGGGCACAUGCAUUACGUGAUGUGCGCCAGGUUCCAUCCGAGUAAGGACCUACUCGUGUCAGCCAGUUUGGAUCAGACUGCGAGGAUAUGGGACAUCACCCAGCUCCGUGAGAAGAAUUGCGCAAUACAAGGCGUAGUCGGGCAAUCGGGAUCUAACCUGCUCUCCAAUGUGCAUAUGAUUAGUUGUGGCAAUGGUCACUCGGCACAAUCGGAUUUAGGCAGGAAAACGGACAGAGUGCCCUUCACCGAUGUCACCUGUCUAUACACACUUGUUGGACACGAGAAGGGGGUCAACUGGGCUGUUUUCCACGAUGUUCUACCGUGCGCCAUAACUGCUAGUGAUGACAAAACCAUCCGCGUGUGGAGGUUCAACGGGCCGAAUAUCUGGCAAACCAAUAUUCUGAAGGGGCACACCAACAAUAUCUGCUCGCUGAUUAUGCAUCCGAACAACAUCAACUACCUGCUGUCGGUAUCCGAAGAUAAGUCCAUAAAGGUCUGGGACACGAAGAAGUGGACGCUGGCGCACACCUUCAUGUUGGAAAAGGACCGAUUCUGGAUUGUGCAAAGUGCCAAAGACUCCAACUACAUUGCUGCCGGCCAUGAUUCGGGCUUGAUCGUAUUUAAGCUCUUCAAAGAAAGGCCCAUCGUAACUGUCGUCGGCAACACGCUUUAUUACGUGUGGAACGAUUCCAUUUACUCCAGCAACAUUGAGAAGGAGCUGGAGUUGAGCAGAGAAGAGGCGAAGAAGUCCACGCCGGAGGUUGCUGAAGUCAAGGAGCAUAGGUGCGUUAGACACUGUGCGGCCCACGAUGAUCACUCACAUGGAAUGACUUUGGAUGAUUUCCUGGGAUUCAGCACCUGUAUGCAUCAAAACUCACUGGAGAACCAAGACAAGUCUCAGAUACGGGAUGACCUGGUUUUCCCAUCACCGUCUGGUGACUUUUGCAAGAAGAAUCGCACGAAAAUUUUGCUGAUAAAUGGCGUUGCUGAUUCUGAGUCCAUCGUUAAGCGCUUUAUGACCGCCUUACUGAUACAAACGCCGAUCCCGCCGGAUGUUGGGGCCACUGGCGGUCUCAUAUUCCCCUUUUCGAUGCACUACAAUCACUAUUGCGCAGACAAGAGCGUGUUCCUCGUGAACUACAAUUACAAGGGGAGGUCAUUCUACGAAAUCAUGAUCCGCGAAAAUGCAACCAACAACCUCAGCGACCAUCGGGCAACGUGCCAUAUCGGGGAAGCCGUGUCGUCGUGCUUCGUAUCCCGAUCUCUGGUUGCGGCCAUCAACCCCUCUGGCAAAAUGACGGUGCACAAUCUGGAUGGAGAGGAGGCGUCUGAGAUUGGAAUAGACAUGAAGUUGGACAAGAUCUUUUCAGUCUGCGUAAACAUCGUCCUCGUGUGGUCCAGCAGCGAAAACGCGAUCGUGUUGUAUGACGUUGCCAUGAGGAAAACGCUCUGCACAGCACAUGGUACACUAGGCAAGCUCUGCGACGUCAUCGUCUCCAAAUCAAAGAAGCUCAUAGCGGCCGUGUACCGCAAGUUCGUCGUGAUCUUCGACAGGGACCUGAAGAAGCUUGCCUCCGUCGAAAUGCAAGGAAGGGUAAAAACCGCAGCCUGGCAUGAAAACAAUGCGCUGUUCUUUGCCACCAGCGAUCGCAUUUAUUAUCUUAUGGUCAAUGGCGACUUGGGAGUGAUGCGCAGCAUAGACAAACCGGUUUACAUCAUUCGUAUCAAGGACAACGCGCUAUACGUCAUGCAGCGCAACCACAAGUGCUAUAAGAUGGAAAUCGUGUCAAACGAAUUUCUCUUCAAAAUGGCGCUGUACCAUAACAAGAUUGAAACAGCCAAGAAACUUAUAGAAACGGGGAAGGUACAUGGUUACGCCAUGGUUUCCUACCUUAUUGAAAAGGGCCACCCAUCUCUGGCCCGCAUGAUAAUUCGGGAUCCCCAGAUGAGGUUCGAUUUGGCCCUCAGUUGUGGCAACCUCGAUGACGCAUAUGAGGACGCACAGGUUCUGGAUGACGUCGAGGCCUGGAAGAGUCUUGGUGACGCGGCAUUGGAACAAGGCAAUUGCGUCAUUUCCGAGGUCGCGUUCCAAAAGGCCAAACUCUUCGAGAAACUCACUAUGCUGUACGUGAUCACAGGAAACACCAUCAAGCUUAAGAAGAUGAUGAACAUCUGCAAGUUCAGGAACGACAUCCCCUCGACUGUUCAGCACGCCCUCUACCUGGGUGACAUGGGUGAACUGGCUAAUAUUCUAAAAGAAAACAAGAAAAGCAAGCUGGCUGAAAUAUGCGAGGCGACGUACGCCAUCAACGGUAAGGCCGCCGAGGGAGGACGGCCAAAUACGUUCUAUAUGGUCCCCCCGCAACCUGUGCACAGAGCUACGGUUGAGAAUGUGAACUGGCCUGUGACUCCACUGGAGGCUGUAGUUCGGGAACCUUUGUGCUACGACGACGCCGACGCGGGUGAGGCCGAUAUUGACAUCGUGACGAUGGAGGAAGCCAAUCAAAACAAGCCAAGUCAGGUGAACGCCGAUAUUUGGGGCACCAUCGACGAAAUAGAUUCCAUGGAAUACGCCAACGACUCUGCUAACGUAACUGAGGAAGCAGAGGAGCAAUGCAAAAUCCAUGACUCGCGUUGCCGAUCACCCCUGGACUUCAUUUCCAUAGGUGAAACGGGACGUGCUUUGGAUGCGCUGGAGCGAUCGUUUGGACUGGAUGACAGGGCUUCGCUUGAGGAAAUCCUCGCGAAGGCGCACAUUUCGUCAGAAGCUUCACAUCAAUCGCAAUCACAAUAUGCCGAGAACUGGAGUCGAAUCCUCAACCACGAGCAUGUGGCCGGCAUAAUGAACAGAGGCUACGCGCACGUCACCGCUGGUGCAUUUGAGGAUGCGAUAACUGAAUUCCGACAUGCGCUGAAGCAUUGGAUAUUCCUGGUCAGCGCAGGGUCUCGCGAUUACAUUGACCAGUGCCGUAUCUACGUAACGGCGAUGCUGCUGGAGGGGGAACGCGAGCGGCUGGCCGAGACGGAUACCCGCAGGUCGCUCGAGCUCGCGGCGUACUUCUCCUGCUGUAACCUGCUGCCCCAACACCAGUAUUUGGUGAUGCGGCGCACCAUGGGCAUCAUGUGGAAGGCGCAAAAUUACAAGACGGCAGCGCGGAUUGUAACCAGGCUGCUAUCGCAGGACGUGUCCAGCAUAGAGGGCGCGGAGGAGGAGAUGCAGAAGGCGAAGAAAAUUUAUGCGCUGUGCGAGCAGAAGGGCAUUGAGACCUACUCGCUCGAUUAUGACGAAGAUGACGAGCGGGAUCUGAACAUAUGUACGAUUAGCCUUGUCAAAACACAGGGGCAACCUACGGUGCAAUGCCGAUUCUGUAACGCAGUCGCCUUGGAGAAAUAUGUCUCGCAGAUCUGCAACAUCUGUCGGCUGUGCAAACUUACCAGGUGA